AUGGUUUUGGGGCCGCUGUUGUUCGCGGUGGAGUUCCCGCUGCUGGCACUGUCGACGGUGUUUGUGGCGUUUAGAUUCUACUGUCGACAUUUUAUUGUGCGGAAUCUGGGGCCCGAUGAUUGGAUCAUGUUGGUGGCGCUGCUCAACGCGUGGGGUAUCGGCGUGCUUAAUACUUUUCAAGUCAAAUAUGGAUCUGGUACCCAUAUGAUGGACCUGCCGUCCACGCCCGGCCUUUUUGUGGGGACGUUAAAGGUGUGGUAUAUCUACCAGAUGCUUUACCUCAUCACGCUCUUCUUCGUCAAGAUGAGCAUUCUGGCGUUCUAUCGCCGGCUGUCGCCAGCGCAGGGGUACCAUUUGGCGAUCAAGAUUACGGCGGGUGCGGUGACGGUGUUUACGAUUGCUAUGGUGUUUGUUAAUGCCUUCGAGUGUCCGAAGAAACCGAGCCUGGCGUGGGCCCCGACGUUCCCGAUGGGCUGCAAUAACCUUGUGCCGGUGUACUAUGCACAGGCGGGGUUCAACAUUCUUUCUGAUAUUGUGAUUCUGCUGUUACCUCUGCCGUCGUUGUUGCGGUUGCAAGUUAACAAGAGGAAAAGAGUGGCUCUCAUACUCGUCUUCUCCAUCGGCGGCGUCGCAGUAAUCGCCUCCAUAGUGCGUAUCAACGCACUCUACAUCUUCCAGCACUCGACCGACAUCCCAUACGACGGCAUCUUCAUCCUAAUCUGGUCGCAAGUCGAGAUCAACGUCGCCAUCAUCUCCGCCUCCGCGCCCUCCCUGCGGCCGCUCGUCAAGUCGCUCCUCGGCGGCACCACCACCACAAGCUCCAGCAACCCGAAGUCAACCUCCUACUACAAUCGCAAGAACCGCAUCCCACUGCAGUCGUUCAGCGGGCCCGGCCGCGACGCCGAGAUCAUCACGAACGUGAGCGGGCGCGGCGCGGGGCUGGGGAACGAGAGCGAGGAGCAUAUCGUCGCGAAGGCGGGCGGGAUUGUGAGGACGACGGAUGUGACGGUGGAGGUGGUGGAUGAGGAGAGGGGGAGGAGGGGGCCGUGGGGGAAACUUUAG